AUGAUGUUCGAUAGUUCCCCUAUCGCUCAUGUGGAUAAGGUUAUCACCCCAUAUCUUCUACUCAUCGGUGAGAAGGAUCUGCGGGUGCCUCCUCAUUAUCGCGCUUUCAUCCGGAAUCUUCUAGCUCGAGGGAUCCCAUGCAAGUACGUGGAACUU